AUGCAGGCCGUGGCCAUGUGUGUUGGACUGCUGCUCUUCAGUGUGACCUGGGCAUCACCGGUGAGCAUUGACAAAUUCAUUUACGUGUUGUGUCUGGAGCAAGUGGGCGAACAGUUGAGUAACCAGACUGACGGGAUAAAGCAUCUGGUGAAAGAGCAGAAAUUAGGGGAUCGCACUACCCGCUUCAUGCACAACCCUUACACUGCACAAAAAGAAAAAAGCAGAGAUAAUGUUGCUCUUCACCAGUUUCACAAAAGUAGAAAUCACGAGUCAACACCUAAAAAAAAUUUAGACAGAAAAAAAGAGAAAGGCUUGUCUCCUUUUGAAGUCAAUGAAAAUAAUGAAAGCAGUAAAACCUGAAUCUUUUCACAGAUGCCGAAUGAAGAGGACAGCACUAUCAACAGAGGCAGUGCCCACGCGCAUUUAACAGCAUCUGUGUAUCCUGAGCCCUCAGGGGACAAAGGAGCAGAGAAUGUAGAGGAUACCCUCCUUAAACUACCUGCCCAGGAGAGGCAUGGUGCCGUUCUCGCCGCAAGUAACAUUCAGCCUAUAAAGAGACUGGUGACUGGGAUUGAACUAUCGGGGGACAAAAACAAAGAGAAGAAACCCAAGAGUAUUCCAGGCAUGAUUCCAGCAGAUGUCAGUGAUGUUACAGACCACUUAAAAGACGCAAAGAGUCAAGAGAGGUAUCUACCAUCCCAGAACAGCCCAGCAAAAAGCAAAGGUACCCAUCAGAUCCGACGAAGCACUCACUACCUAACACAUAUCCCCCAAAUCAGAAAGAUCCCCAGGGACUUUGAAGGCAGUGGUUUCCCAGACACUCGGGUGAGGGGGGAUAGCGAUGUCCCUUCUUUCAGUGGGGACGGGCAACAUUUCAUGUAUGUUCCAGGCAAAGGAGGUGCUGUUGGGCCUGGUCUAGAAGGCUCAGCUAGACACACGGGCCUCUCGGGCUCUGAGAAAGCUGAGACUGUUAACCCACACACGAGCGGACUGGGUUCUAAUGAGAUCCCCGAGAGAGAAAGACUUGGCGGUGAUGCCAUUGCAACCAGAGACAAAAUCGCACAACGCGCAGGUGCUGCUAGUGUGAGCCUUGUGGAGGGCAGCAAUGACAUCACAGGAGGUACUAAUUUUAAGGAGCUCCCUGGAGAGGAAGGAAACAGAAUUGAUGCUGGCAGCCAAAAUGCCCAUCAAGGGAAAGUAGAAUUUCACUAUCCACAAGUGCCCUCCAGAGAGAAGCUAAAAGGGGGCAGCAACGAUAACUCGGGGAGUGCCAGUUACAAUGAGAUUCCUAAGCACAGCAAAGGUAGUCCUAGGACUGACACAGAAGACCCCUCUAGGAACCAAGUGACUAUGACGGAAAAACAAAGGUUCCCAGGUAAAGGCAAAAGCCAGGGCCCGGUUCUUCCUUCGUACAAUCUAGGUAAUGAGGUUAAAAGCAGAGGAGAUUCCUCUAACGUUCCCAGUCAUGAGGGGAUUGUAAUGACAAACAGCAGAAAAAACCAUUAUGUACUCCAUGGACAAAAUAAUUCUACGCGGAAUAAAGGCGGGGUGUCACAAUGGAGAGGAGGCACCUGGCCUUCUCGGAGGCCCCAUGCCCACAGGCGCUUCAGCACACACAACAGAAGAAACAGCAGUGAGUCGUCCAGCGGCAGCUCGAGUGAGAGUGACGGCGACUAGUCCCCAGGAAUUCAGGAACUUAGACCGGUCUUCUCUGCUCCUGUCCUGGAGGAAGAGAGGAAGCAGCGGGAACUGGGCAAGCCCGCAAACCUGGUCCCCUCCAGGACUUUGUGAGGUUUUAAUGGCUCUAAGAAGAAUUUCUACUCAAAGUUCUGAUGCUCUUUCUAAAUAAAAGUUUCCAUUAA